AUGUUUGGAAAGCAAGUGGACAACUUGAGAACAAAUCAUCAAGGUGUGUACGUGGUGCAAGAUAACAAGUUCUGCACAUUACGAUCGCUAGCAGAAGGUCAACAGUUCGUACGUGAGGCUGGAGCGUUGGUCACGUUUCCAUGUGGAGCUGUGAGAGGAGCGUUGGCGAAUCUGAAUGUGAAUGCGGAAGUUACAGCUACAGUGGAAACUCUGCCUGCCGUCAAAUUCAAUGUUCACAUUAUUCAAAGAACUUGA